CAGGAGUAAGGUUCCUCCUGAAUUCAUCGUCCAACACAACGAGAAUGCCAACCCGCCCACAUUCUUCCUCACCAUGGAAACGCUAUUGUCUCGUAUGGAGUCGGAGGGGAGGGUUGACAUGGAGUACCUCGACUCCGUUUACCCCAGACUCCAAGUCUGGUACUCAUGGUUCAACUCCACACAGUCGGGGCAACGACCUCUGACCUAUCGUUGGAGAGGUAGAAAUGCCACCACUGACAGGGAACUGAACCCUAAGACACUGACGUCCGGGCUGGAUGACUCUCCGAGAGCCACUCACCCUGCCACUGAUGAGUACCACGUUGAUCUCUACUGCUGGAUGACUCUUGCUAGUGGUGUGAUGGCCAAAAUGGCCGACCUCCUCAAUAAGGACUCCAGUUACUACUGGGCCACUUACAGAGCUCUAGCUGACCCCAGGAACCUUGACUCACUACACUGGGACAAACACACCAUGUUGACGAAUUUCCCUCCGCAAGUCCAAGACACCUCGUCCCUUCCUCGUUCCCCUGCGACGCAAUCUCGUCGCAAGCCACUCCCACUUCAGUCGGUGCCACUAGACGAAUCGUUCGGCGUUGCCACUCCCUCCAGGCCCACGGCAACCGAUAACAGACCACUUCCGAAGACACGAAAGUUUACAAACUCCGAGGCAGUAGAACAGGAAGUGGGUGUGGCUCCGGGAGGAUCAAGGGAGAGAUCUCGUUCGCCGACUGUCCCCCGACCGCCCGUGAAACACGUCCACCAGCGCAGCAGUGGAGGAGGAGAGGAGGGAGAACGUGUGGCUGCUGAAAAACCCCCACCUCGUGUCCCCACCAGAGCCGUUUCAGUCACCCACCCCUCGCAGCAGUUUGAGGAUUCCCCGGCCGUACCGCCACGACGAGACCAGUCCAGCUUCACCGUCAGUCUCCCAGCCACCGAGUUCCAGUUCGACAAACCUCUAGUCCCUCCAAAACCCCGCGUUCUUGAGCACAAACCCAACCAUUCGGGCGGUGCUGUGGGUGGAAUUCAGUAUGCCACCAUGAGAUUCUCGCACACUGAAGACGUCGACUCAAACUAUACUCAAGUGUAUCCAAAUCAGCGAACCACGUCUGUCGCAUCCAGCGCAGGAGAAAGCGGAGGAGGUGGGGGGAAGGGAGAGGGGGUGACAGACGCAACGAAAGUGGUGUACCAGUCAAUAGAUUUCGAUGUGACUGAAGGCCUCAGGAAGACGAAGGAAGACAGAGAUAAUCAGAGAAAUCGAGAGAUCGAAUGGCUGCAGCGGGAGCAAAACCUCCUCAAGACCACUCUGACAUGUACGGCUAAAUAGCCAGAGACUAAAUCCUAUCAUCAUACAUGUUUGAAUGAGAGAUGUGUAUUCUAUGUACAGUAUAAUAGUGUAUUGCGGUAAUUUUAAUCUCAGAGCCUUUUUAUAUCCUUCACGUUCAUUUUUUCGGUACAUUUGAGUCAUUUUUAUGAUUGUAAAUUACUUACCUUCCUUAUCGACA